GAAUAGUAGGCAAUCCUCUUAACAGCUGAGCCAUCUCUCCAGCCCUUGAGGAUUAUUUAAAAAGCAGUGCCUUUUAAUUAAAGAACAAUUAAUUAAAGAACAAUGCCGUGUAGUACAUGGCAUGUGGUGAAGGUGUGAUUUAGGAUCUGUGAAUGAUUGCUUUGUAGUGUCGUGAAGAACCAUCUGAGAGAGUAAACUGGUAAUUUCAGGGUGUCAUGUGAGCAAAUGCACCAAUUCUAGGUAGUUUUUGAUGAUAGAAUAUUUUUUGUAGUAUUGAACUGUAGUUGUGUAAAUACCUAUAAUUGCAUUCCUUAAAACUGAUUUUAAGAAAAGCCAGAGUUGUACAUCUUUGUUUGACUACAACCCACAAGAAGAAUAUAUUUUACUCGGGGUCUAGUACUCACAUUAAUAUAAUGUGUACAUAUAAUAGAAUAAGGUUCACAAAAUAUUAGUAAUGAUGAUGAUGAUAGUUUAUAGUGCUGCAAUAAAUGUAGCAAGUACCACAAAUUGUUUUAAGUCAACAACCAUUGACUUGCUGACAGUGUGAGCACUUUAUUCCAGUAGGUCCUGUCCUAUUUGAACAUAGACAGACUAGCUUCAGAGCCUCUUUAGUAACUAUAGAUAUGGAAACACCUAACAGGGGCACCUGCCCCUGCUAUGUCCUCUUUGUUGACCCCUGGCACCACAUUGUUUUUCAUUCUCUCCAGUCUUUGCCAGUGAUGCUUCCCCUGGUAACCCCACCUGAGGGCUGCUCAUCCAUCCUAUCCAUAGCACAGGGGAGUGGUCUCCAGACAUUUGCACCUAAGACUGGUAUGAGGAAAAUGAGAGGAAGGAAGACAUUGGUAGCUCAGAGUCACGUUGUCCCCACAUGGAUUAAACCCUGGAGAGAGCAGAAUAGAAGAGCUAGAGAGACGGGAAGGGGAGACAGCUUAGAUUUCAUUAAAGGGAUUCACAGAGCCCUUUUCUCCAUGUUCCCUACCCCAAGCUUUACAUUUGGGAGAGAAGCCUGCCGACUUCCCGUCUAUGGGAAUGCUUCUCAUGAACCAGCAUGUUACAUUAGCGAUUCUGUGGAUGUGGUUCUUUGCUCUCUUGCACAUUGGUAGAACGGUGAUCAGUGUCAACCUUUGCCUUGAAGAUUCUGCAGCAGUAGGGACCUAUUCGCAGGGUCAUGGAGUAGCCCAGAGAUAUUUGAGGCCCCUUCGAUAAUGUUUGCUAUAAGGUGGCACUGUAGGGACCAGGACACCUCCUGUUACUCUGUGUUCACAGGCUCAGCCCUUCCCUUCUCCCCAGACUGGCUUUCUUCAUAUGUCCCUUGCUUACAUCCAUCCUUUUGACUUACAUCAGCCCCUGUUCAACCAUCUUACUAGCUACCCUCUUGCAGCACUAGGACCCCCUCCCUACCCCUCAUCUACUCCUUUUUUGUCUCUCAGGCAGGGAGGCAAGGUUUUGCUUUGUAGCUCAGACUGGCCUAGAAUAGAACUCACUGUGUAGCUCAGUUUGUUAUUGAACUCAUGACCUUCCUGCUUCAGCUUCCUAUAAUGCAGGAACUAUAGCCUGGUACCAGUGACAUCUUUACUAGAACGGUUGUUUCCAAGGUGCAUUGUCUCUUUAGCAUUUAUGUGUCACAAGGCCCCAAAAUUGACUUCUCAAGCCAUCCUACAUUUUGAUACAAGAGGACUGAGCUGAGCUCUAAUUAGUACUUGGGAAUAGAGUUGAGAAGAUCACCCUGAGCUAUAUGACAUGAGACCCUGCCUCAACACCUCCCUAGCCUCUACCUCCCUAAAAAACGACCUGGAAGAUACAGAGAUGAGACCACCAUUUUUCAUCCUGCUCUUUUUGAAAAUUUUAUUACAUUUACUUAGUGUGUAUAUGGUGUGUGUGUGUGUAUGUGCUCUUGAGUGUUCAUGCGCUAUGACACAUCUUUUGGGAGUUGUUUCUCUCCUUUUACCAACGUGGAUCCCAGAGAUUGAACUCAGGUCACUCAGGAUUAGUGGCAAGCACCUUUACACCAUGAGCCAUUUGUCAGCCUUGUGUUCUUGCUAAAUUUUUUUGUUUUAUAUUUAAAUUUGGUUAUUUUAUAUGUUUGGGCAUUUUACCUGCAUAUAUGUCUGUGCAUCACAUGUGUGCCUGGUGCUUACAGAGGCCAGAUGAAAAUGUGUUUCAGGGAAUCAAACGUUUGCCUGCCUACUGAUCCAUCACUUGCCCACGCUGCUUUUCUAGAGUUGUUACAACAUGACAUGAAGGCCCAGAUUCUCCAGUGGAACGCUUGGUUGAGUGAAGGAAGGGUCAAGGGAAGCAGUAGGAAGAAGAAAGGAGACUGGAAACAAACUGGAGCUGGUUCGAUGCCCAGAACUGAAUGCUGUGCUCCAGCUGUGGCCUCACCGGUGCUGACUAGAGAGGAAGAGCCACCUGCAUAGCUUACAUGUGAUUCCUCUGCCUAUACAGCCCAAUACUGGAUUUGCUUACUUUGGCAAGAUAGCUGCAUUGUGCACUGUAUUUAAUGUUACGUGUACUGUAACCCUGGGUCUUUCUCUGCAUUGCUGCCGUCAAACCCUCAGUCCUGCCAAUCUAAAAGUCCUGCCUUUGUGUCCCCACCCUCCUCCCCAUAGACCUCCCGUGCAUUCAUUCACAACGGAUGUCAUCUUUUUAUUCUCUGAUUCCCUUUUACUUUAAUCUUAAACUCUGGCAAGACUUUCACUCUGUUCUAUAAAUUGUCAGCUGUCAGCCCCCCCCCCCCGCUUUGGUAAUGGAGCACCCCACAAGCCUUUUCUCUGGUUCUUAUCCAUUUGUAGUCCUGUAACCCAAGCAUUUGGUAUGGUGGAUUCAUAAGCUUUCACGUGGCGUUUGUGAAUCAGGUGCUGGGAAUAACUCUGGUUGGCCUCCUGAAGUUCUUGCCUUGCUUAGUCUAGAUUUCCUAAACUCCUCGGGACCUCUGUCUGGGUGGAUAGUAUAGUUCUACAGCCCCUCCUCCAGGGAGGAGAUGCAAAUGGGCUGUCAACUUAACAGAGUUCUUACAGUAAGACGUUAACUGUUGUCUUUUAAUAGAAUAGCCUUUAGUAGUUUUAAGUUUUUCCAGGUAGAGAUCAAAUUGCUAUACAUUUCUGAGAUGAGUGAGGUAAAUGAAGGAAGUGAAGCAAGAUUUUUUUUAGUCUUAAGUAGGCUGUGGUUCACUGGGAAAGCCAAAUGGUGUAUCUUGUUGAAUUUGGUAGCUUACUCAAGUGGGAGUUGCAGCCUCAUUUUCCUGGACUCUGGAGCAUCCUGAUGCCUGAUUUAGAGAAGGGUUUUAGUUGGUUUAUUUAGGAUUGUUGAUCCAGCCGCCCAGUCUUUUAAUUAGAUGCUUUGAUUAAGCAUUUAGAGGAUAAUGCAUUCUGCAAUCUUUUCUGUGGGUGGUAAGAACUGGAAGGUCUCCGCAUGUCCUUUUUAUCUGUGUCUGAGCUCUCAAAGUGAAUCCUAGUGGGUCUUAGGGUAGCAGGUAAGCCACCUCAACUCCUCCCCACACCAUCUUAGUGGAUGUUCCCUGUUUAAACAGACUGCCCUUGAGUUUUGGGCAUUAUUAGACCUACAAGGUACUGCUUACAUGUAUUUGUAUCUUGAAGGAGAGAAAGUUGAUUUGAAAAUUUUAAUUUUAAUGCCAUUUCAGUACAUCAGGUUAUUAUCAUGGUUUUAGACAUUACUAAACACCUGGUAGGUGUCAGCACAUUGUAAGCAUGUGUUGCAGGUGUAUAUUACAACUAAGAGGCGUGUAUAGCUGCCAGAGACCGCUGAUUGUAGUAUUCGCAACUACAUAACCAAAGGAAAUUAUAAGCUCAGUUUGGUGGCUUUGAAGAAUGUCCUUUCUCUGGCUCCUCCCCAUGUAUAUUAUUAAAAUUUGGUGAAUUUAUUUUUGAUCAAGAGACUAAAUGUUUGCAAAUAUAGGAAGAAAUGCAUGGAUGUGCUUGUGCCUCUGUCACUUCCUCAUAAGUACGGUAUCUUUCUAGAAAGAAGCGUUAGUUUUGUUCUUGGCUUCUGGAGUAACCCUCGGUGACAGAGCCAGUCAACUGGACUUUGGUGUUCUGAGCACUGUUCUGUAGGCAGCCAGUAACUAGUGAGACCAUCUCCAUUUAUGGUCUCAGAAGAGGGAAAGGGAGAGGAUUGGAACUCUAUUUACAGUCCUUAGGAAUCGAGAGUGGUUGGGGUGUUCUUGGAGGCAGAAGCUAGACCUUGUAAGAUAAAAAUAAAUUGUCAGGGGCUGUUUGCAAUUCAAAUUCCUAUCUCUGAGGAGGGCAGAGGGUGCUGGGGAAGGGGGGUAUGUGCAAAGUCAAGUGAGAUUUGCAGCGCUUGUCUCUUUUUUUUUUUUUGGGAGAUUUGACCAUGACACACAUUUUCCAAGUUUAUGUUUCUGGAUUAUUCUAGAAAGUUUUGUUAUGGGGUCAUGAUUCUCUGUUGCAAAAAGAAAGCUGAGAUGACUUUUAAAGAGUUUGUGGGAAGCCUCGUUCUCUGUAAGGUACCAUUUGAGGCUGUGGGAGAGGUGCUAUGAAAUGGGGUGCACUUUGGGGGAUGGCCAUGUCUCAUGCUUUCUUAUUUAUUAUUCUUUUUGCCUGUGUGGAUUUCUGACCUCAAGGGACAGAUUUAAAGAGCCUUUGAGGGAAUGUGGUAGACUGUCAGCUGUCAUUAAAGGCCCUGCUCUCUUCAUGGAGAUGCCCUCAAGACCCAGACUUGGUUCCAUUUGGUGAGAUUAGGUCAUGUAUUGGCUUAUGGAAGGCAAUCUGUCCUUUAGGAGAAUCAUAUAUUCCUGAUGAUGCUUAUACAUUAAGUUAGAGAUAAACUAGUUUUAACAGUUAAGUUAGAGAAGUUAGAUUUUUGUCUCUAAGAAAAUUCUGAGUGAAACUCUAUAAAGUAGAAAAGGGAUUGGAAGGAAGAGCGGGAGGCGGAGACAAAGGAGACCUGAGUGAGACCAGAGCUUCAAGCUGAGACAAGGCCCUUGAUUCAUCUUUUGAUAUAUCGAGAAAGAUAGCAUGAGGUGUGCACCCUUAACUUUGGGACACUGGGCUAGUCUGAAAUAUGUAAUAGAAAUGAGAGCUGAACCAGGCAGUGUUACCCAGGUUUUGUCUUUGAGCUUGCACAAUGGUAUUUGCUGUGUGUCAAGUGACAGAAAAGGAGUAAGAGGACUGUCUCACCUCCUGGGAAAGACUGUUGGCCCUGCUUGCUGGUUUGUUUAGUUGACAACUUCAGUUGGUAGACUAGUGAAAUGUAGGUAUUAAUGUAAUACUUCCUGGUCAUUGUGUCUGAGACUGGAGACUUAGGACAUUUUUUAUUUGAUUUAUAUUUUAAAUUGUAGAAGUUUUUUACCAUGACAGAGUGAGUUAGUGAGGAACAUAGACUCUGUAAGGGAUCUGUUUUGUUAGCUACUUUCUUUGUCUAGGCAACUGUUUUCCCCUGUACUCUUAACCCCAAGGGUAAGGAAGAUGUUCUUCACUUGGGGAAAUUCUUUUUUCUGUCUUUCCCUCACGUUUUCCAAAUUCUGGGCACGAUAGCAGCUCUCUCUCCUGUGGCAGGUGUGCAUCCUAUUGGCUGGCUGGUAUUUCUUUUUUUUCUCCCCCUUAUUCUUUUUAAAUGGGGGAGGGGGCAUAUAAUAUGUGUAUGUGGGAAAAUGCAAUAAUGUUGUAAUGUAUCUUGUUUUAAUUGAUAAUUGCAAAAUAAUUGUUUGAAUUAUAACAUGUUUCAGUAAAUGCUAAAUUAGUAUUUUUCUAAUAUAAUAAUGAAUUUGAAAUGUAGCAUUCCUGUAACAAUGUGUCUGUGUGUGUCUGUCUGUGUCUGUCUGAUAGUAAUUAAUAUCUGUGGUCCGUAUCUGGAGGAGGAAGUACAGCUUUAAAGGAGUAACAAAAGACUUUGUGUCUUAGACCCUUCGCAGGUGUUACAGUCGGGUGAAAGAACAUGGUGUUGGGAAAAGAAAGAGCAGUUACACAUUUGAACAGUUGGAACAGGUGUUUGGUCAGGGAGGAUGGGAUGCUCAGCCCUGCCAGCCUGUACUUAUUAACAGUAGUGGCUUGUACCAGGAGCUGGAGUCAGAUGGCAGCACUAUGGAGGACUAUUCACAGGACGACUGGGGCAACCACAGUCAGGAUCUCCAUGGCUAUCCAACAGAUCAGGAAUUGGAUGAAAUGCCAGUUUCAAAGAGAACAUUAAAAAUAAAACAAGAGUCUCCUGAAGAAGCACAGAAACGAGACACCAUGCAGAAUAUUGUACAGAUUUUGGAGUCAGUACAGUUGAAAUGGGAACUGUUUCAGAGUUGGACAGACUUUUCAAGGCUCCAUCUUUCCAAUAAAUUGGCCAUUUUUGGAAUUGGCUAUAACACUCGCUGGAAAGAGGAUAUCCGUUACCAUUACGCUGAGAUCAGUUCCCAGGUGCCCCUUGGUAAGCGUCUUCGGGAGUACUUCAACUCUGAGAAGCCUGAGGGACGAAUAAUCAUGACCCGAGUGCAGAAAAUGAACUGGAAGAACGUUUACUACAAGUUUUUAGAGAUCACCAUUAGUGAAGCCAGGUGCCUGGAGCUGCACAUGGAAAUUGACUGGAUACCCAUUGCCCACUCCAAGCCAACCGGUGGGAAUGUUGUUCAGUACUUACUGCCAGGAGGGAUUCCGAAAAGUCCAGGUCUUUAUGCCAUUGGCUACGAAGAAUGUGUUGAGAGGCCUCUCACCCCAGAUGUCGAGCGCCAGGCCCUGGACCCAGGAAAAGAGGGCCGGGUUGGCCUGGAAACCCUCUCAGCACAAGCCUCGUUGCACGUGGAAGUAGAGCCCACCCGGAUCAUCUACUGCUACCUCGGAAUCGCUGAGGUCAGGACUCUGCAGCAGUGCCUGUUCUUACAUUUCCAAGCAAACACCAAAACCUUCAGUAAAGAGUGGGUUGGUAUUAAUGGAUUUUUGUCUCAGAACUGUAUUGUGGAUCCUGGAAUUUCCCCCAAAUCCAUCUAUAUAAAAUUUGUAGAAGUAGAGAGGGAUUUUCUUUCUGCCGGCUCAUUAGUUGAGUGUCUGGAAAAAGCCAUUGGAUAUCCCUUAAAAUUUAACAACUGAGUGUCAUCCUUCAUAAGGAUUUGGGCGUGUGCAUUCUCCAUCCUUCCUCUUACCCAGACUACCCCCAGUCCAGAUGCUGCCAUCAGCCUGUCUGUGGGAACUCUUUCCACGAUGAGACCAAUGCACCCUCUAAAGCAGCAUAGCAGACCUCACCUCAAAUGCUCAUUUUGAGCAAACAGGUCUUGCAUGGUGGGUCAGUUCUUUUUUAAAAAAAGAAAACAUUGAUUUUUAAAUGGAUUUUAGAGCCCUGAAAUGAACAAAUGUAGGUACAUUCCAUAUUGGACAAAACUUAUACUUUGAGUUUCAUAUGAAAUUGAAAAUUGUAUUUUUUUCAGUGUUUCAUUUUUACACAUCUCUAUAAGUAUUAUUUACAACUUUGAAUAAAUAAGCAAUAGAUAAUGGCAAGUAAAUCUUUGAAUCACAGUAAAUAAAGCUGUUUUUCAAUAUUACCUUUAGCUACUAUUGUAUAUAAUUUAGUUUCAUCUUUUUCACCUACCAAGUGUUUUGCUAUUUCCAAUCAGUGUUGCCUGCAAAGACUUUUGUUUAUGUGAUGUACGAUUUUUAUGGUUGUGUUACCAUUUAAAUUAAAAAAAAAAAUUAAAGGAAUUCCUGACCUUUUGG